UGUCUCUACUGUGCGGCAAGUUAAUGUACCGUUCAGUAUACUACAAUACCUACCAACCGAUAGUACAGAAUGAAAACUUCCUUAACCGUACCCGAAUACGUGCGGGAUGCCCUAAACAGCGUGGCACAAAAGUUGGGCUUCGUCAGUAAUCAACAUUCGGUGGAUUAUGAUUUUCGUACCAACGAAAACAAUCGUUCGGUGGUGUCCGUUUUUUACCGGGUGACAUUUCGCGAAGAACCACGUGAAGUGACCGUGUUGUGUAAAGUGCCACCUUCCGAUGCUGACGAUAUCAUGCUGGCGAUGUUUGAGCGUGAGGUGUUCGUCUAUGGGAAACUUUUGCCUGCUUUCGAACAGUUUCAGCGUACCAAGCGGGAAGCGACACCCGACACAUCAGCUGCCGAGGAGGAGAUGGUAUCCUUUGGACCGUUGUGCUACCAUGCGCACUGUGACGCGAAAAAGGGUGAAGGAAUCAUCAUACUAGAAGAUGUGCAAAGGCGUGGAUUUACCAACCGGCACAAAUUUGAACCCAUGGACUAUGAUCAUGCUCGACUGGCGAUGAUGCAAUUGGGACGAUUUCAUGCCAUUUCUCUAGCGCUCAAGAAGCAACAGCCGGAAUUGUUUGAACAGUAUCGAUACAUGGGUGAUGUUACCGGCGAGCGGGUACUAGCGAUGGAAGGGUUCGAGCAGGCAAUGGAACAAGCAUUCGAAAGUGCGUCGGCCACGCUGAAUCCGGGCGAUGUGGGAAGGCGCGAAAAGUUGGCACGUCUUCGUGGAUCAUUUGCCGAGGAGCUACAGAACAUCAACGACACCGCACUGUCGGAACCGUUCUGUGUAGUUUGUCACGGAGAUUAUGCCGGAGAUAAUAUGAUGUUUUCGUACAAUGGUGGAUUUCCCAACCGAAUGGUACUGCUCGAUUGGCAGCUGGCAAAGUAUGGAUCGCCGGCAUUGGAUUUUGUACACACCGUCUUUCUGUCGACGGAUGAAACGUUUCGUCGCAAUCACUACGACAACAUGCUGCAGACUUACCACCAUGCGUUACUGAGCCAUCUUGAGCGACUCGGCGACGAUAGUGCAACGGAAUGGUUCCCGCUGACAGUACUGAUGCGACUGAUCAAAUUACAGGCCCGACAGGCAUUGGUGCUUGGUAUGCUUCACAUCCCACUAACAGUGGCAAGCGAAGAAGCUACGGCUUUGGCGGAAGACGAAACUGAUGAAGCCCGUGAAGAUACCAGCUCGAUUCAGAUAAGUGAUACGAGCGAUGCAAAGUAUCAGACACGCAUGGCCGGUCUGUUGAAGGAUGUGUUCCGAUUGGGCUUUCUUUAACGGGCAAGUGGGAAGGCAAUACUAUAAAAUGUUGACUUUUAAUGUGAGAAAAAAAACUUUAAUAAAAUAA